CAGUCCCAAGUAACCCUUGGUCUAACGCCGUUAGUCGGUCUUCUCUUCAUCAAAAUUCGUCAGAAACCAAAAAAGCUUUCAUCAAUACUCUCCGCUAAGACCAAUCAAUCCCUGCUUUCACAUUCCUUCUCCGAUUUCGUUUUCACGCUUUCGCAUUCCUUGUUUCAAUUCGUUUCGAAACGCGUUCCAAGGUUACGUCGAUCUCAAAGUACAUCGCCUUCGGAGAGAGAUUGAUAAACCUAAUUGCAACAAUUCCAUUGUUAUUCACGGCUCUUAGAAACUUUACCUAGAUUGCUUGGAUUCAAUCGUCAAGUUUUUAUUGGAUCGUAGGAACCCUAAUUUCGAGGGCCUGUCUUCAGUCACUCACUCAAUUUCCACAACACUCUCAGAGACCAACAAGAGGAACAUGAACGCUCCGAUCAUAGAUCCAUUGCAAGGAGAUUUUCCGGAGGUGAUUGAAGAAUAUCUGGAACAUGGUGUCAUUAAAUGUGUUGCCUUUAACCACCGUGGUUCUCUUCUCGCUGCGGGAUGUGCCGAUGGGGGAUGUGUAAUCUGGGAUUUCGAAACUAGAGGCAUUGCAAAGGAGAUUCGUGAUAAUGAUUGUUCUGCUGCUAUAACAAGUGUCUCCUGGUCCAAAUAUGGGCACCGCUUGCUUGUGUCUGCUGCAGACAAGUCAUUAACUCUUUGGGAUGUCUCUACCGGAGAGAAGAUUGCUCGUACGAUUCUUCAGCAGACUCCGUUGCAAGCUCGUUUAAACCCUGGCUUGAGUUCUCCUUCUCUCUGUCUGGCGUGCCCGCUCUCUUCUGCUCCGAUGAUUGUUGACUUUGAUAUUGAUUGUACAACUUUGCUUCCAGUCGCUGUGCCUGAGAUGCCUGAUGUAUUAGCUCCUCCACAACGCAGUAAAUGUCCUGAAUCAAAUCCUCCUUUCUCUCCAGCUGCAGCAUGCUUUAACAAGUGUGGGGAUCUUGUUUAUAUAGGUAAUUCCAAAGGAGAAAUACUUAUAGUUGAUUAUAAAAGUGUUCGAGUUCUUGCUUUGGUUCCUGUGCCUGGCGCGGCACCUGUGAAAAACAUAGUGUUUAGCAGGAAUGGGCAGUAUCUUCUCACGAAUUCACAUGAUCGAACCAUUAGGAUAUAUGAAAAUCUUCUCCCAGCAAAAAAUGUGCUUAGAUCCCUUGAGGACUUGGGAAAGAACAUAGAUGGGCUUGAUGGUGUUGAGAAAAUGAAGACUGUUGGAUCAAAAUGCUUAACACUCUUCAGGGAAUUCCAAGAUUCAGUUACAAAAAUGCAUUGGAAAGCGCCUUGUUUCAGUGGUGAUGGUGAGUGGGUAGUUGGGGGUUCUGCGUGCAAAGGGGAACAUAAGAUCUACAUAUGGGAUCGAGCGGGGCAUCUUGUGAAAAUUUUAGAAGGUCCUAAAGAAGCGUUGAUUGAUCUAGCUUGGCAUCCUGUUCAUCCCAUAAUCGUCUCUGUUUCCUUGGCGGGUCUAGUAUAUAUUUGGGCAAAAGAUUACACAGAGAACUGGAGUGCAUUUGCUCCGGAUUUCAAGGAGCUUGAGGAGAACGAAGAGUAUGUGGAACGCGAAGAUGAAUUUGAUUUGAUACCUGAGACAGAAAAGGUGAAAGUAUUAGAUGUUAAUGAAGAUGAAGAAGUUGACAUAGAGACAGUGGAAAAGGAUGCUUUUAGUGAUUCAGAUAUGUCAGUGGAGGAACUCCGCUACCUUCCAGCUGAACCGAUCCCAGAUACAAAUGACCAGCUAGACAAUUUGGUUGAAAGCAUCAAGUUAAUUGAAGGUCAGAUAUCUGCAUCUCCCGCUUCUGAAGAGGCUGGUCAGAAUGGACACCAUGCAUCAAGUCCACAAGGAGAAGAAAUGGGUGAGACACGAGGAAAGAGAAAAAGGAAACCAUCAGAGAAAGCCAUGGAGCUGCAGGCAGAGAAGGCAAAACCAUUGAAAGGGUCAGGCAGAACAGUAAGAGCAAAAGGCAGAGCAGGGGUUGAUCAAGAAACCGAUGACAGCAUAAAUGGCGAUGAUGAUGAUGAUGAUGAUGCAUAUUAUUAACAAAGUAGGUUUACUAACCUUUAUGUAUGCAAAAAGAAAAAGAAAUGCAGCAAGCUAGGACAUGUAAUGAUAUUUGUUUGAAUUUUUUUUUAUUGUUGGAUGUGUUCUUCUUCUACCAUGACACAGCUCUGCGCUGAAUCAAGUUGGAGUAUGCACAAUAGCAAAUUAUGUAGCAAGUAGCUUAAAUUUACGCAUAAAGCAGUUCUUAAGACAACCA